AUGUCUGGUCUUGGCAAGGGCGGAAAGGGGCUGGGUAAAGGAGGUGCUAAGAGGCACCGUAAGGUCUUGCAAGACAACAUCCAGGGUAUUAUGAAGCCGGCGAUCCGCCGCUUGGCUCGCCACGGUGGGGUGAAGCACAUCUCGAGGCUGAUCUACGAAGAGACCCGUGGGGUGCUGAAGGUUUUCCUGGAGAACGUGAUCUGCGAUGGGGUGACCUAUACCGAGCACGCCAAGCGGAAGACGGUGACGGCAAUGGAUGUGGUGUAUGCUUCUUAA